AUGCUAUAUUGCAAACUUAUAGACACUCCUAUUAUUCAGAAUCAUUAUCUUGGAGAAUACCCGAAUCAAGUUCCAACUAACAAAGAAAGAUACCAAAGAUUAGUGGGAAGAUUGAUCUACUUGUCUUAUACUCGACUAGACAUUGCUUAUGCAGUGAGUGUCGUCAGUCAAUUUAUGCAUUCUCCCAGUGAAGACAACAUGAAUGCAGUUAUUCGGAUACUUAGAUUUUUGAAGUCUGCACCUGGAAAAAGACUUAUGUUCUCAAAACAUGGUCAUCUGAUUAUUGAUGGUUACACAGAUGCAGAUUGGGCAGGAAGUAUAAAAAAUAGGAAAUCCACAUCCGAUUACUUCACUAUCAUGGGAGGUAAUUGGUUACAUGGAGAAGCAAGAAGCAGAAGGUGGUCGCCUUAUCCAGUGCAAAAGCUGAGUUUAAAGGCUGCAAUAGCUAUUGCACAGAAUUCAAUUCAACAUGAUCGCACCAAACAUGUUGAGGUAGAUUGGCACUAUAUCAAACAGAAGCUCGAAGCUAAAGUGAUACAGUUUCCUUUCAUAAAUUUUAAGAAUCAAUUGACAGAUAUUUUGACAGAGGCAAUUUCCAGUAAAGCGUUUCACAAUUCACUGGACCAGUUGGGCAUUGGUGACAUCUAUGCACCAACUUUCCAAAGGAGAAUUCUAGGGCUGGUCUUGUCACUAGCUGCUUCACUUUGUGCCAAACCAUCCAACAAGCUUAAGUGGUCCAAGGCACACAAAUUCAUAGGACUUGAGGAAAGGGUUGUGGUGUGGUACAUGGAUUUAGAAGGACCAUUGGACACUCUAAAAGUAACAGAGGUUUUGGGUGCUCAAAAGCACCAAAACCCAAGCCCAUUCUUGUUGAGUCCAGUCAUAUGGGUAGGCAUGAGAGAAAAAAGUCAUGGUGGCACUUCCUUUUGA